AUGCGUUUCUCCUUCCUCACCGUCAUGGUUGCGUUGGCAGCAUCUGGGAUGUCUGUCAGUGCGUCAAAGACACGAACGUGCCUCAGUGAGGGCGAAAUUUGCGACCUGCCCACUGAUCGCCGCGAUCAAACCAGUGACUGUGUGCUUGGUUCAGACUGCUAUGAUUCCAUCAAGAGGGCAGGCCGAUUUGCGCGUAGAGACACGUUGACGGGUCUGUACAAGCGGUCAGUCGGAGAAGAAUUAUCACAGAGCUCGAACAGCCCUGGAGUGGGUCACAAGCGGUCAAUCGGGGAGGAAUUAGCGCAGAGAUCGAACAGCCCUGGAGUUGGCAACAAGCGGUCAGUCGGGGAUGGAUUAUCACAGAGCUCGAACAGCCCCGGAGUUGGCCACAAGCGGUCAGUCGGGGAGGAAUUAUCACAGAGCUCGAACAGCCCUGGAGUCGGACACUAG